CCGUGAACAAAGCGCGUCUCCACGGCUCUACAGCUGUUCUGUGUCAUGUGCUUCCCUGACUGGGGGCUGUGGAGAGAGGGAAGUGACGGACGCUCCGGUCUGUCCCACCCCCAGGCACAUAGAGCAGACUGGACUCUCUGGAGGCGCAUAAGUUGGCUCUGCGGCUCUCCUCCUGCGUCAGUUCGAAGAAGGAAGCCGCGCGAGCUGGAAACUGGUCCAAAGAAUGGGAAUGGACUUAACUCCAUCUUUAUAAAAAAAUAGAAGCUUCCUGGUGCCUGAGAACUACUGUUUUCUACAAUCAUCUCUUCUCAGCAUCACCUUGUGCCAAACAGAAGAUUUGUUUUAUUUUUUAUUUUGGGACACUUUCUUAUUGCACUUUAUUAACUGUUCAAACCAUUGUUUAAACAGUUUAAAUACUUGAUAAAUUAUACUUUGCAUGGCACUUCUUUUUUAGUAGUACUAGUUGACUUGCACUAUGGUCCUGUGUGAGGACACAGAGUGCAGCGUGUGCCUUUUACCCUACACCCGUCUGGAGCGCAUCCCUCGUCUGUUGCACUGCCGGCACACUUUUUGUCAAAGUUGCUUGGAGACACUCUCUCAGUCUCGGGCCGGUCUCAUCACUGUGUGCUGCCCACUCUGCCGCCGGGUCACCUGUGUAAGGCGGAGUCUCGGUCUCACGGGGGCGCUAUGGGUGGACAGCACACUUUGGGACCAGAUUGUAGAAGAUGACAGGGAAGAAGACAAGUACCAGUUGAAACAGGAUGGAGCCUUGGUUGGAUUGGUGCAGGACAAGCAAGAAUCAUCGUGUCUGUCUGCCAGAUCCUCCAGGACUAAGCUGAAGUUUCCCGCCUUUUUGAGACGCUUCAGUUUGUCAAGGCAGCACCAGGAGCAGAUCAUCCCUGGCAGUAAUGUGGAGAUUAAAUCCUGGCGCAGGCUUUCCACAGCAGACAGUUUUUGACACCUUUUGGUAAACUUUUUCAUUUUUUUUUUUGUACUUUUACAUGAGUCUCAGGACGUCCUGAGUCAACAUUGAGGAGCAGUGGAGCAGGACCCUCAGCCGUUAUGUGGAUGAUCCAUUUGUAUAGUUGUCAACAGACGCCAUUGUUCCCAGCCAAAGGUUUCCCCAUUAUUUAUUCGAGACUUAAUUCUAGCAGCUGCUGCUUUGGGAAUGGGUUCAGACGACACCCCAGACCACAGAUGGUGUCCUGAGGACGCUCACAAAUGAACUGUAAUUAUUCCCUAUUCCAUAAAAAAACAGCUGGUAUAGUAUUUAAUAAAAGUAUUUUUCUGGACUUGUGUAUCCGUGUGCUGGAAGAUUCAAAGGUGACAUUAUUACUAUUUUAAUUUCCCACAAUGGAGAUUUUAGUACUGGAUUUAAAACAUUAUUAAAGAAUGAGUAGAACUUGCCAAUGUAUUACUUACAAUCAACCAAGAGUUCAAAGAGUGGUUUAAUCCAAACCUGAUGUAUCUUUGUACAGUAGAAGUUAAACUAAUAACAGCUUUUACUGCCCUGCUUUGUUUGAUAGCUAGUCAGUACUAAAACUACUACUAGGGGUACAACUCACUACAACACAAUGAAUCAUGUUUUGGCUUCAUCCUUAUCUUAUGCAAAUUAUGACUUGUUAGUUACAGACUGUUGCUUAGUCUGAAUAUUAAACAAUGGAGGCUAAGUUCUCAAAAGCAGCUAUAUAUUUUUGUAAACAUUCAUAAUGAUUUUUGCUUGGUACAGUUUUGCACUAGUCUAUUCUUGCUUUAUGAAAAUGACUAUCAGUCAGUCAAGUAUCUAAUUUCUCCACUUGACAGUAUUAAUUACACAGGAGACAUGUGGCCAGCGAAAUCAGUGAAGGCAGUAGCAUAAGUCUGAAUGUCACAGUGCAAAUAUUACCUUUGUGUCCAAGAUACAAAACAAACACGUCUCACAAAAGAGUCACUGGGGCGCGAAAUCGGAUUAAAAACUGCAUUCAUCGGGCAUCACCGAGCAUCUGGCAAAUCUUCGACAACCAAAAUAUUAAAAUAGUCCUCAUCACUUUCAGAGGCGUCUAUUGUGUUGCCAUAUGGUCAUUUUAAAUUCAGUGAAGACGACCUGUGGCCCUGAUAUGAGCUAUAUAUGUUCAAAUCAAAUCUUUUACUUAUUAUAUACUUAUAAUAACUGUAAUACUGAUUAUUAUCCUUGAUUACAAAAACACAGGAGAUGAUGGCCAAGUUGUUUAUUUUAUAAUUUAGUGUUUCGGUUCUCAACACAAUUAUCCAGUCAGAAAGCAGAAUGACCCUCGCAUGAGUCUCUCAUUUUGGGUGUCAGUUGCUGAAAUCCAGUUGGUUUGAACCUAAAAGACUCUCUGAUCUGAAUCCUCACUAAACCCUAGCACCCAGUACCUCUGCUGCUGUAGUCUAUGUGUCCAUUUACUGAGAAUGAGAAAAAAACAUCUGUGUACCCUCUAUGUGCUGGUUUAGUGAUUGUAGUUCCUUUAAAAAAGACAUGUCUAUGUUGAAAAUCAAUAGACACAUUUCAAGCUUAAUGUAAUCUAGCUAAAGUGUUUUCAAAAGUUAACUUACUCUUAAAAUGAAGUACCGUACAUUCAGGAGUACAGGCAGAAUUGUAAAUAAAGAAUACAAGUAUAGU